AACCUUCGUUAGAGAUGCGGCUGCACCGUGUCCUUUAGUGUGCUCACGAGGACUUGUGCUCAUCGGUUGGGAGUGUGCUGCGCUGCGCCCUGAAACUGGAGUUAAGUGACUCAUUAGAAGAGUCACAGCAAAGUGUUUAACAAAGGCUAUCAGUAAGCUCUUAGUAGGAGUCGAGCGUGGACGUCAUGGAUAAGGACUCGGAAAAAAUUUUUAUAGAUACAAUUUUACGUACGGUAAAGGAAAACGAAUACACCAAGCUGAGCCAGAGAAUACGCGCAGGAGUAGACCUUGAAAACAAAGGGUUUUCUAUAACGUCUAACUUGGUGAAGGGGUCUACUACUUUCGAUUCGUUUGCCCUUUGCUUGAUUCAACACUCGGAAAAAUGCUAUGGAACGUCCUAUUUGAAAGAAGCUCUCUCGUCCUCCGAUUUCAUUACUCGAACAUACAAUAACACCAAAACGUCUUUCAGUGGAACGAUUCAACUUCUCAACGCCACGUUUAACGAGGAUGACCGCGCCGAUGCUAUUGCAAGCCUGAUUAAGUAUCUCUGCGGAGAUUUGAACUUGUUCAAAUCAAAUUAUCGUUUACCAAACAUAGCAGUCAGAUGUUACGGCCUACUUGCCCAGCCAACCAACUAUCUUUACAACCUGAAGGAAAAUCGAUGUGAACAGCUUUUGGAUCAAGAUCCAGAAGAAACAGGUGUCGAGUGGUAUUACAUCUGGUAUGAGGACGCACGUCAAGCAUUUCAGUCCAUUUACCCGAAGCAGUACGCUAAUGACGAAUCAACUUUGAAACCAAAAAGAAGCGCACCAGGGUGUUCUUUGGCAAUGAAUAUCACAAUGCGAAGGCAUGUAUUUUAUAUCGCCGAUGAAACGAUCGACGAUAGAAGUAAACUACUGGAGCAUUUGGACAAGCACUGCAUCCGAUUGACGGAAAAUAUCGAACAGAACUUGACACUAGUCGAAUCACUCGUGCUGUGCUUGAUUCAGCACUCAUCAGGCAACUAUUUUUUGACUAGCUUAGAUUAUCCACACGUUGCUGAUUUUGGCUCACCGAAACGGCUUUCCGAGUCGGGCUGGAACGCUUUCCGCGCCGAAAUCGAAUCCUUUUCUAAAACAUUUUGGUCAAAAUCGAAUGAGAAUUUGAUGAAGAAUAUCAAAUGGAUUAUCCAACAACUCUGGAAACGGUUUAACUGUUUCAAUGUUAGCAUUUCUAAUGAUGAAGCCAAUUCUACUCGAAAGUUUGCCGUUGUCGUCUUCGGUUUUUCCAAGCUGGCGUGCUAUGUCGUCUAUAAGGAUAAUGAAUUCAAAAUCGUCCACGCUUUAAACGAAGGUUCAUCCCCCUUUUACGUAUGGUUUGACAAAUCAAAUGAGGUGUUCGAGGCACUGGCACCACUGUUUUCCAUGUACCAGCAUGAAAAAGAAAGUGCCAGCCUUUACUGGAACGAUCUAUUCAACCGAUUUGAACGCGGCUUCGAUCAGUUUUUGAAGCAAAGAUUCCAUUCAUGUUCGAGCUCUUCCGAAGUUGAACAAUCAUUCGACGACUUUAACAAAUGCCGUAAAGAGGCGCGAGACUUCUCCUUGUCCUCAAUUCAACAAGUGUUUUCACGAUGGGACUCGAACAAAGAAUCACUUCGUGCAAAUUGCAUCAGAACCGAGAGCAUGAAGGUGGGUUGGGAAAGGUGUCCAGAAUUACGCCCUAUUUCCGCCUGCAUGGAAGAGUGUCUCAUGACUUUGGAUCACGACAUAGCGACAAGCUGGUGCAAGGAGCUGUGGAACGCCAUAGUUCACGCGAUCGCCAGGCAGGUGGAUCUGGAAUUGGCCAGGAGACAUAGGGAAAUUGAGAUGGACCGCAGGAGAGGACGGUCCAAGAUCGACAAGGCCAACGAGAAGGUGAAACAGUUGCAGAAGGAAAUUGAAUCUGCCCAGAGGCGGAUGGCACAAAAUCAAGCGGAGAAUAAGAUGCUGGAUGAGAAAUUGGAAGCCCUCGCCUGGAAUCAGCUGAUCAUUGAUAUUGGAAGCAUGAAUUACGUUCCAGAUUACCAACUUGUACUCAAAAGAACCGACCACGAGUUUUUUAAACUGAAAAAUGGCCUUGAUCUUGCCGAAACAUUAUCCAAAAUCGUCCAGCGGCCCAACAUAACGUCGCAGUUUGCUCAACACCUUAAGAACUAUGUGAAAAAAAGUGGAGUCGACGAGAUUUUGGAGCAGCUACGUUCGGCUUUGAUUGAAGUCGUCGGUGAAAAACCCUCUGAUAGUUGGGUCAGCGAUGGCAAGUGGCGCGUCGAGGGACCAGCCCUAGUUUUGAGCCAGGUCGUAACACUGCUCGAACAGAAGGGUGUUCUCUCUGAAGGAAAAUGUCAAGAAGUAACGAUCGAAGCUGAAAGAGUUCUUUACAUCGACUCGGACUGGGUCACUCGCGGUGUCAGUUUAAAGAUUUCGGCUCCGUUAGUUAACAUCGUCAGUUCCGGAAAUGGAACGAAAAGAGUGAUAGAAACUUCCGGUAAGGAUGGCGAACCGCACGAUUCGAACAAAGCUAACGAUGGAGAGGGCGGUGGAGUGGACGGAAGCGAUGGUCUUGAUGGCGAGGACGGUCAGGACGCUGGAAACAUAACCAUCGACUGCCUCUCAAUGGAGAAUCAUCACAUCUUGAAACUGGUUGCUCGAGGUGGAAACGGAUCGAACGGUCAGAGCGGUGGGGAUGGAAAGAGCGGAAAAAGCGGAGAAGACGGUGCAAACGGCUCGUUUGCAUCACACGAAAAGGAAAAGAAAAACUGGUAUGCAUUUGGACGACUUCGUGACCUGCGAUUAAAAACCAUACACUACGGCACCUCAGGUUCGAACGGCCAGACAGGCGGUUCGGGCGGAAAUGCAGGAUGCAGCGGGACAGGAGGACAGGGAGGUGAGAUAACAAUCAACUUCAAAACCAGUGAACGGUCUGGAUUUGAAAAAAUCAAUUCGAACGGAGUCACAGGAGAACAAGGAACACCCGGUAAAGGCGGAGACUAUGGGAGGGGUGGCCAGCACGGCAAGGAUGCUGUUUACUACUUCGAGGCGAACGACUCAAAACCUUGGGUUUUUUUUACUGGUAACUGGAGAAAGCAUUUGGGUUCCGAAAACGAUGUCGAGAGUCAGUGGUGCAAGCGCUGGUUCAGAUCUGACAGUCUCAUCGGCUACAAGCGCACUAAGAACUCGAAUCCAAAGUUUGCUGCUAAUGGUAAACGGGGAAGAGAAGGAGAGAGGGCCAAUCAGAGACAGAAUCAAAAUAGCCGGACUCGCAACUCGGAAUCGCUUCAACAACGGGAGCGUUCCGCCAAUACUAAAUCGAAUCAAACGGAAAUGGAACAGGCGAUUGCAGCUCAACGUGCGAAUCAGGAGCAAAUACAACGCGAAGGCCAGACUAUUUCUCGGUGUACUGCCGCAAUCGAUACACAGAGAAAUAGGAUCUCCAGUGUCCAACAAGAAAUCGAGCUCGCAAAUCAGGAAAUCACCGUAAACGAAGCGACACGCCAACGAGUGAAAGUCAAGAUUCACGAAAUGUUGGAACAGCACACCGUUCAUCAGGUUGUUGUUCGUCAAAAUGUGACGAGACAAGUGAACCUGCAGUUGGAGGACCAUCAGCUGGGCCUUCAACAAAAACAGGCUCCGAUUAACCUCAACCUAUUUACUUUGCGGGCAGGUUGCCGAAGUGGGUCAAACGCAACAGAACCGACUCAAAUACUAGACAAUUUACUGUCUUCUGGUGGGAGUUCGUUAAGCAUCGAUGAUCGUUUAAAGUUAAUGAAGGCUACUCAAAUGUUCCAUUUGAGGUUAGUAGCAAAUCGCCAGAAUUGCAACCGAGAGUGGUUAUUCGUUGGAAAGCUUAUUGAAAAGUACUCCAGUCGACCUCAACGUCUGAUCGCCGGUCUAGAGUUCCUCGAAAUGAAUCAGGGACUGAUGAUCCAACUUUUGGACAGGAAAACUAAUGGAGACAUCCUUAAAAUCCUGCGCACCUUUUUAGAUCCUAUCGAAACACAUGAAGAGGAUGCAAUCAGCACUUUGUUCGAGUUUGGUUUAUUGCGUGACUUGCCGUACGAAACGUUAAAGGUGUUGCUCGAACGUCUUGAACUGCGAAUGUCGUCGAACAAUGCCCAACUGUUGCUCGCUGUCGCUAUCAAUUACCAAAUGCUAGGCCAAAUGACGAGAGAAAUUGCCGACUUAAUUGGAGACGAUCGCGAAACUGCGCUCAGGUGUGCUGAGCUGCUUGUCCAAGUGUCCGAUUUGCAUUCGCUGCCCCGCAAAAUGAAUGAGACCGCCCAAAUGAGUGAUGACGAUCUAAAAGCUUUCUAUUCAUCGUUUUUCGAUGAGCUUCGCAAUCAACUCUUCAUAGUCAAAGAAUCAAGAGCGGCAGGUGUAACAAUAACAGUCUAUCAAGCUGUCAAGCGUUUUGUUCGAAGAAAACUCGGAUACAACACGGACAAUUUGAAUGUUGAGGACCUUUCCAAGAUCCAGGUGACUGAUGUGUGGAGGAUUGCGUUCCUAAUAAACGAAUUCCUACUUGAGGCUUCUGAAAUGGAUGCCGUAAGACAAUGGAUACGCAAUUCAAAUAUCAAAAACAAAAAUGCGGUACUUUCACUUCUUGAGAAAUCGUUUCGUGAAAAUAUUUUGGAUCCUGGUUGGACAGAAGUGAGACGACUCUUGACUAAACGAGAGAACUUGAAAAAUGAAAAACUUACGCGCAAGCUGGAAGAAGUUGAAUGUGCUACCAGAGUUACAAUGAGCAAAACGAGCUUCGUAGAGAAAUCUUGCAUCUUAGAGGAAUUGAAAGAUGUUCUUCGAAACGAGCAAGAAAAAGAGGAGUCGAUUUUGGAAUGGGUCAGCCGCAAGGCAAUCACAGUGGAACCAUUUGAUGGAUUCUUUUCUGGUCCAAGUGGAGACUCAGAAGAGGAAAUCGUCGUGAACAUCGUUGAGAAGCUAGAUACUAAAACGUUGAAAAAACUGGUUGAAUUGAACUGGCGUCUUUCAACUCGUCGUCUUUCGUUUGAUGACAAACAGAUUGUCAAGUUUUGUUCCGCUAUCGAAAAACCCUUCCCAAGGAUCAGCCACGAUUUUAGUUAUGAUUUGCAAUACAGCCAGUCAAUAUUCAGAUCGAACUGGGUUCAGUACCUCUUGAACAGAGUUGCGGACGAGCGAGCACAAGUGGAUAGAUUGUUUGCAAGUGUGUUGAAAAAAUUUGAAGGCCGCAGCAACGAAAUCGGGACUCUUGCACUGAUCCUUCGUAAAUAUGAGCUCUACACUAGCACUCUGGAACCUUUAGAAGCCAGUAAAGUGUGGAUGCAACUCGACAAAAUGUCCUCAAUAAAAGACGUUUUGGGUGAAGUUCGAAGCAAAUUGAAAGAAGCAGUAGAGAAGCUGUUGGAUGAAGUGAAACGGGCAAUUUCAAAACUGGAGGGCGCUUAUGGGAAGAUAGCGAAUGCACCAUUGUGCGAUCCUGGCUAUGACAUCGUUUCGCUAGUGGCCCGGGUUCAGCAACUUGUUACUGGAUGUACUGAAGGGAAGUCCAACAGCUCCUUGUUUCAAAAUGGAAAUUCUUUGGGCGAGCUGUUUAACAUCAUGGACGCUAUCCGUUUUCAUCUCAAUAUCAUGGAUAUUGACGGCACCAAAACAAAGAAAGAAUCAGAAAUGUACGGCAAGAUAUGCGGCCUGAAGAACGCAUUCUGCAGCUGGAAUAAGGAGAAGAAAAUCCCACAGUAUGGGGGCGCUCAAGAAGCCGUCAAAACUCACGAACGCCUGUUGAUUUCUCUGACCGAUGCAUUCUCGAUCAAUCGCGAAGAACUUGAAGAUGAAGACCCCAGGCGAGUAGUUUACGAUGAGAUUUCAAAUCACAUUGGUGAGAUCCAGACGUCCCAUGACGAAGAUCUCAAACUGAUUGGCGAGCUUUCAAUUGUCAUUUCGGAUCCGCGUUCCGGAAUAGAUUUUUGUCAGUACGUCAAGAGAACGUCUCUCGUCUACUUCUCUCUUCGACCUAGUGCUCUGUCAAACGAACGGAAAAGUCGCCUGUUUGAGGCCAUCCUUAGAGUUGUUGACAUUCAACAGCAGCAUCCCGUCGAGAAAAAUCUGAGCGGCCUUUUUGGCCACACUUUGAAACGUGCGUCUGAAAAGAAUAACGAGUGGCUGUAUACGUCAAUCGCCCUCUUAAUCGGCAAUCUGUUAAAAAGUGAAUGGCAUCUUGCGACGUGGAAUCAAGCGGAACUCUGGAGCGCUCAUUUAGAAUUGAUCACUAAAAAAAUAGAAAAGGAAGACUUUGAAGAAGCAUGCGAGAUGCUGCUCUCUAUACAGCAACACGUUCUCGAUUAUUGCCGGGCUUGUUACAUUGAAAACCUGCUCAAGACCACUAAUAAAUCAUCCGACACCAUCGAUUUAAACAUGGCGAACCUGGCGUUCAACGAAGCCGUAAGUCUCACAACAGACGUCUUGCGAUUCGCAAAUACGACUAACUCCUCCAAGCCCCAUGGAUUGGUCAUCAGCCAAGUUAUGGCUCGCCAAAAGGUCCUGAAGACGACAAUUCGUCUCGGUUUAUCACAGCUCGUUUCCUGGCACGGCAACACUAUAAUACACCAUCUGCUCCGCCAGGAUGUCCUUUGGAACAAGGACAACGAAAUGUUUAAGAAAGUCCUGUCGAAAGCUUUCAAUGGAAACACGAACGCAGAAACCCGACGCCGCGAAGCUUUCGUCAAGCGUUUAAUUUCACUGAGGCACGUUGAAUGGACGGAAAAGCGACUCGCCGAAUUGAAUUCGCUUUUGAACAAGUCUUACCAGGAUUUAUCUGUCGUCGUUGGCUAUGAUGUUUUCACUGAAGAAGAGAGGUCUUUCGUUAGUCUGAUUGACAGCGACGUGGCAGUCCUAAACAUCCUGACGAGCGAGUACCCAUCGUGCUACCUGAAUUCACUGCAAAAUCUUGCAAUCAAACCAGCUCUCGAGUCUUUUGUGCGCUGCUUCCUGCCCAACUUUGCCGGAAUAAGUCUGAAUCAAGAGGCAAAUUUCGAAAAAGAGAAGACCGAUGAAGCUCAACUCUGGCUGAUUGCAAAGAAGUUUUUAUCUAGAAAGAAAGUGGAGGGAACACUGAGAGAUUGGAUUGUUUGGUUUAACGACGUUUUCAUCGCUUCGUUGAACUCGUGUCCAUCGGAUUCAGGGCUUACGCUGAAUCAAGUGUCAAACUUCCUCGACGAUGCCGCCAACUCUAAUUUGGAGCUCUGUCGUCUUAUCACAACGACAUGCCGACCCCAUUAUUGGACUCGUUUUCUCGCCGUUUACAUCAUAAAAAAUUCGAUCAAUCGUCUGGGAUUGGGCGAAGCCGGAGAUGCGACCGCAGGGAACCUCGUCGCCUUUUCGAUGCGGGUGACGAAUGAAACUGGCAGUUUGUUAAUUCGUUGUUUACGAGAAAAAAUCUUAGCCGAAUCGAAAACAGAUAGAACAGCCGUUGGUUUAGUCCGGGACGUGGCGUCCGGGCUGAACGAAAUCUCAGAGCUCAAUUCAAAUAUUUUUGAAGACAAACAGUUAUUCGCUAGAUUCGUGAACGCUGGGUUGACCGAGUGGCCGAAAGUCUGCCGUCUUGCCCGCUUCGCUUCUAAGUGGACCAUGACUUCUGAAGGAUUUGGACUUCUUAGUGCGCAAAAGGUGAUGACCGUUUUCGAUAUUGAACUUGGACAGAAGAGGACAGAUCGUCUGUUGGAUCGCGCACAGUGCUACCACCGGAACAACUUGUCUUUCUCAUCGUGGCUCGAAAAAAUUGCCAAUAACUUGAUUAGUUUCCCUUGGAUUAGGGAACAAUGCAUUAAACUGGCCGAAUGUUCGGACGCGGGAGAGGAAGAAGACAAGCUUUGGGCAUCGGUGACUCACGUCGAAAACAAGGCGAAAUCAGCGCACAACAAAGAGCUGACUGUCAACGACAUUCUCACAAUCCUGAGCAACGAUCCCGAAUCGAGGCUGAUGACGGACGACCCUGCCAAACGAACAGAGAUUCGAGAUUUCGUUCAUCGAGCCAAAUCUAGCUACGAAUGCGAAUAUAAAAACUGGAACAGUGAGAGGAUCAAACAGUGGUCAGAACAGUGGUCAGCGCAGGUGAAGGUGAAUUCCAAAAGCAAACCAUUGCAAGUGUAUGAAUUUCUUGCAGUAGCUUCUCGAGCGGUGGAGUUGGCGAAAGGUUACAAGCCACGAGACGUCCAGAUGUUGGCAGUUAUACUGUUCGUGAUGGGCGAGGAUCGUGGAAACAAAAAGAUCAAACGUAUGGCUCAGAUCUCGACGGGUGAAGGAAAAACUUUGAUAACAGCUCUGCUCGCCAUUUAUCACGUCCUGCGUCACUGGAACAAGGAUAGGCAUGUCAACGUGAUCACGAGCUCGUCGGUGCUGGCUGAAGCGAGCGUCUCCGAAAUCCAGUACCUUUAUGACCAGUUUGGGGUGAGCUUGAGCAACAACUGUGACUUGGCCUGCGCAAAAGAUGAUAGACUCCGUAAAGAGCGCUACAACUCGCACGUAAUAUACGGCGAUUUGCCAAGUUUCAUGCGAGACAUUCUUCUCACCCGCUUCUUCAACAAGAAAAUAACGCGAGGAAGGACACCUGGCGCUAUGAUAGUUGACGAAGUAGACUCCAUGCUCUUGGACAAAGGGGAAAGCGUGCUGUACCUAUCGCACAACGUACCAGAAAUGUAUCACUUGCGUCAACUCUUUGUCGAAAUAGCCGGAACAGUCAACGCGCCCGACGUGCAGAGUUUGGCCGAAUCGAGAGACAUUGUUGCUGAAGUUCGAAGGUUCAUCGAGCCAAGGAUCAACGAUUCAGACAUCGCCGUGCCCAAUUGCCUGAAAGGAUAUGUCAAGCUUCACCUGUCGACGUGGAUCAGAAGCGCGUUGAGAGCCGCUUACCUUUUGAACGCCAAAGACUCGUACAAGAUCGACGACCUCGGUGAUGAGAAAGGAAGACAGGUGAUCAUCAUGGAUAAGGAGACGGGCGUAGAGCAAAUCCAGAUGGAAUGGUCAGACGGUCUUCAUCCCGCUCUUCAGUUGAAACACGGCCUCAAGUGGACCCCCACUGCCCUGAAAGCAGUUUUCAUGUCGAACAUAGGAUACUUUACCGAGUUCAACGGCCGGUUUUACGGAGUGACCGGGACAUUAGGCUCAGCGGCCGAAUGCGAUCUUUUGCGCAACGUUUUCGGUGUAGAUUUCUUCCGGAUGCCGAGGUUUAAACAACGCUUCUGCAUCCAACACGGACCGCACGUUGCAGGCAACGAAGCUGAGUGGCUCCAAAACAUGGAGAAGGCUGUCGAAGAGGUGACCAAGUCCCUGAAACCUCGCGCUGCUCUCAUCAUCUGUGAAAACAUUUUUUCAGCUGAACGCAUAUACGAGGCAUUGUCUAAAACAUCGCAGUCAAAGGAAUACAAAGUUACUAAGUAUACCAGCUCUUUUGACACGGAUUUCCUGAAAAUGCAACACGAGGAAGAAGUCGGCCCGGGUCAAGUGAUUGUUGCCACAAACCUCGCAGGCAGAGGAACAGAUUUCAAGCUGAGCGAACAACUCGAGAAGAAUGGUGGACUUCACGUAAUCAUCAGCUACGUCCCUCCGAAUGCGCGAGUCGAAGCUCAGGCAGAAGGUCGCACUGCUCGUUCUGGACAACCCGGAAGCUAUCAGUUUGUGAUUCAAGAGGGAUCUGGUCAAAUGGUCGACGCACAAGGAUCAACUGACCCCUACGGUAAACUGUGCGCAUUGAAGAUCGCCCGCGACGACGAGGAGCGAUCCCGGCUGGAACAUCUGCGCCUCAAUGCAGUUCCAAAAAUCAAACUGGAAGAAUCCCUUUUUGAGCGUUUCUUUCGAGAGUGCAUCAAGCCGUUGAGAGAACGUAGUACACCGGAUGAAACUGUUGCUACGAUCCAAACUGAGAUGAUAGAUAUCAAGAUUCACUGUUUGAACAACAGAUGGGCUAUCUGGCUUGACGACAACGCAAAACAGAUAGAGUGCGCUCACAGCGAUCGAGUACUGUCCGAGAAUCUCAACAAGGCCUUCGAAAGUUUCAUUUCCAGCGUGGGCAACGCGUGCUGGUUGAGCCUAGAAGAUCUGGCGCAGACCCCCAGCGAGUUCAUGUGCGUAGCCCGUUUUUACGAAAACCACUCGAAGUAUUGCAGCGACAAUCUGGGCAGAGCAAUGCAUUGCUGUAAGCAGAUCGUCACUAAGGAGCCUUUGUUCUGCGAAAACGCUCUCCUGGAACACGUUCGGCUGAUCCUGUUAGACAAAGCGGACUACUACAAGAAGAGGGAGGCAAAGAAACUCCUUGUCAAAGCGAAGAAAUUGAUCGACUCUAGGAUCGAGAUUCUCACAGGCCUCAACCAGGUCGUUAGCAUCCUGCGACAGAAGACGAAUUCUGGUUCCGAUCCUGCUGAGCACUUUCGGUUCGAAGAGCAAACUAGCAAUAUGAUCCACUUGCUUCAAGUGCAUUUAAACUCCAUCAGUUCAUUGCUCGGGGUACCUUUAACAGACGCUCUGUCCAGGCAGUUCCACUCUGGAGAAAAUAAUGACGAACAGUUGAACAAAGUAAAUGAUAUUUUAGCAAGAAGCUCCAACUAUUACAAACCUUUGCGCUACUCGAAAAAGAUUCCAGUAAUCAACGAAACAAAAACAAAAGAACUGCAGUUUGAUGGAUCAGUCGUGAAGUGGCCCUCGUUUUUGAGUCACUGCCAAACAGAUCUGAUCGAGUGGUUUGUUGCCGGCGGGUCAACCAUAUCAGAUGCAACUUCGUUGCUAUCAAGUUUAGAAUCGAAGAUCGCUGAAGGUGAAAUACGCCUGUGGAACCAACUAAUCAAAAACGGCUACAUCGACAAGGGUGGGCCGACCAGUUCUUACACUAUCACAGCAGACAACUCACUGGACCCAGAGCUACUCGAAAAUUUUGCCGAGUACAAGCGGAUCAUUCCUGGCUGGUUAGCGUUCCAUGAAGAAGAGGAUUUUGACGAAGUCUCUUCGACGUUAGGCAUCACGAAUGAUGACAACCGUGGACAGUGCAGCACAGUAAGCCGCAUUAAAAAGCUGCUGAUUGACAACAAGUUGCUUGUCAAAUCUGACCGACCUAUUCACAAAAUAUUGAAGAACAUCCCUUCAGUACAAGACAAUGUUGAAGCCCACCUCGUGCCAGGAGUACCGCUUGUUUCAUGCGCCGACGUAUUGGCCGCCUGGUUCCCUUCAGCGGCGAAUCAAGAGGGUCAAAGAGUUGAGCAGCCCGAUUUUGAUGGUCGCAAAACGAAAUUGGCUGAUCAGUUUAAAAAUUACCUCAUCGACAUCGGCAUCUUAAAGCAGCCCGCUAUCUUGUUUCAUUUCCCCCCGUCAAAUCGAUCCAAAGAAAAUAUCGAUUCUGAUUUAGAGAAGAUGAAGAAUUUCUUCAAAUCUCGAAAAGAUUUCGACGAUUUGGCAUGGACUUUGUACAAUAAGGAAGAAAGAGACGCUAAAAAAAGGAAGGAUAUCCUGGCUGAACGUUUGAUGGUGGCGAUAAGGGAGCACCUUGGUAAAUUGAAGACGUUUGCAAAAAUGAAAUCUUCAUUCGUCUACUUGCACGAAGACCUACCACCGAGUUCGGUGAACCCCGCUGACGAGUUGCAACAGUUCGACGCCCAGUACUUCGACCGUGUUGGCCGUUUCGAAGAACACAUCCCAUUCGAUUGGAGAACGUUAAUAGUAGCUUUGCUCGGAGUGGCCCAGCUCGUUGGAGCGGUUGCAUUCCCGUUCUUCAGCGCCGGAUUGGCAGUCGAAGGCAUCAACGAUUUGAUGUUCGCCUUCCAGAGUUUCAAGAACCCCGGGUCGUUCUCUUGGUCCACGUACGCCAAGGGUAAGCUCAAAGGAUUGGCAAUGAUGGCGCUAACUGCCGGGUUCGGGGCCGCCGGACUUAUCGCGAAAGGAGGAAAGAACUUGAUGGGAGCAAUGAAGCUUUUGGGACGUUUCAAUGGCACAUUAAAGGGAUGGUGGCAGCUGGGUAAACAGGUGCUAGCCAAGUGCGCUGACGCUCUACUCUCCAGUGUGAUCGGACAGAUCGUGCAAAAGUUCCUCAACUGGGCGAAAGAGUUCAUACUGAAGAAGGUAUUGUCGCGCGUAAAAUCAUUCCUGUUCGAAAAUCCUGUUUGCCGUCCAGCUUUUGAGGGACUGAGAGCUUUAAUGAACGACAUUUUAAACGAAGCGCGGCGCUUUGGUCGUUCUUUGGGGGAGGUGUGCAAGUCGAUACAGGACGCAAUCGACCGAGCAUGUAACCCUGACGCUCCCUCUGCCAUCGACAUGUUCUCCCGAAUCAAAGAGACAGCCAAUGGAAUCCGUGGGGAGAUGCUCGGUGCUUUCGCCAGUUCCAUGGAGGGACUGGCCAACUGUCAACAGAAUCACCUCAAUAUUUACAAAGCAUCUUCUGUGCUUGAUGGGAUCACAGAUGCAGGACACACCGGCACUUUUGGAAAAGUGAUUAAACAAACAGCCCAAGUUGCAAAACGCGUGAAUGAUUUCACGAAAGAGAGCCAAAAGAUAAUUAAACAAGUUAACAACAUGCAAAGUAUUGUAAAACUUGCGGCCGAACCGACGUGUCUCGUCAAGGACGUCAACGAACAACUUCGACAAGAGCUCCGUCGAUUGAACAGCAAACAAGACAUCGACCACAAUCAGCAGUCGAUGGUGGAUUUAACCGAAAAACAGAAGCUUGAAUUUGAUGGUUUUAAAACGGAAAUGUCGAAUAAAAUUCAAGAGUUGAUCAUGAAAAAGAGCCUCGAUGAGAUCCAGUCUGCAUGGGUCCAGCCGGCGCUUCAAGCCAAACUCGAAAAGACCGUCCGGGACAAGGCAACCAAAACGCUCCACGCUAUGGGACUCAUCAAAUUGCCCCCAGGUGCUGACAAUCUGAGGGACGAAGCCAGUCAACCGGAAAAUGAGGAACAAAUUGAUCCUGCUUACGAAGAAAGAGUCGAAAAGAUCGGCGAAGAGAUGGCCGGUCCAGUGGAGAAACAGCUGUUUGCCGACCGAUAUGGGUUUUCGUUAGAGCUAGUCGACGAAACAGGCGAUUAUUCGGAUGGAUCAGGAUCGUUUUCUUAUCAUCCGAACGGUGAUCCGGCAAAUAAAAAGAUCAUGAUGAAGGUGACGAAAAAUGAGGACGGCGAAAAGCACGUGGAACUCAUCAUGCCGGAUGGAACGACUUACAAGCACAUUCCUGGUCCUGGAGAGUCUCUCAACAGUUGCUUCUAUCACGCAGCGGCAAAGGCUCUGAACAAAUCUUCAGCCCAAGUGAUCAGCGAGAUGAAGGAAGAAGCGAGUUCCAACGAACGAGUUCGAAUCAUGUACAACAUCGGCGUGAACGAAAAGUAUAGCCGAUUGCACACCGGUGCCUAUGGUAAGUGUUCCGAACUCGAAGUCGAACGCGACGAGCUCGGCAGAAAGGUAACCGUUAGCGCUGUUAUCACUCCAGCAAAUGUUGCCACGGUACCGGGCUCGGAUGUGAAAGUAAAAGAAAUUGUGAAGAUCGGUUUAGAUGGCGAGAACGUCAGUCACUGUAUUCCUAGAUGCCUAGGCGGCACAUACGAGGAAGAAAACCUCGUUAGUUUGCCGCACAUGACGAACCAAAAGUACCAACGUUUUCACGAGAAAGGACUCGAAUCAUUCUGUCAGGCUCACAUGAAAGGACAGGAUCCACCAAAGAUCGAAGUUCAAGUGAAGGUCCAUUUCCAAAACAGUGUUCAAUACUUGGAAAGCAUGAUUCCUAGUCCUGGUAAGAAGAAUACUUAUGAGAUCGCUGGUAUUGAACUCAACUUCCAUCUCAAAAACGAUCCAAGCAACUUUUACAAGAGUGGUUUCAUCCCGUGUCAAUCGGGCGAAAGCGGAACUGUGACUGUCGGUGGUGAUCGUUUCAAGACACAUUUUUUACGAAAAGAAUCAAGCCAUCUGGGAUAUUCGGGUCCUUCCAACGUGAGGAUCAAUUACGCGGAAUCAUUCGAAGAAGGCAAGAAAAAAUUCUCAACAUAUUCUGCUGACCUCCACAGUCAUCAGCCGCACAAUAGAAGAAAUUAAGGUUUUUCAAUCGAUCAUCUUACUCAUAUUUUUACAUUUUAAAAGUAAAGCGGAUCUCAUGCGAUGUGCCGCGUUGGGAAAGUUCUUACUUGAGUGUAUCAAUUUAAUCAGUGCAAGCUUUUGCGAUUUUCAGGUGCAAGAUUCUAGUGCAAACAUACUACGGUAGUCUAGUCUAUUGAUAUGUCUGGAAUGACUUGGCAAUGUCGCCCCCCUCCCCUUGCAGCAUAGAGACGGCAGUUGGACCUAGUACGUUGACGAGCGAAUACAUCCUGUCUCUCUCUUCUCAA